UACUUUAUUUGUGUUUUGUAGUAUCUUAUGUAAAUAAUAGCAGCUAUAUCAGCAUUUUAUAGCUGUAGGUAUUUGGUGAUUGUUAUAUUUCAUUCUAGGUAUAUAUAAUCAUAAUAUUAUAUUAUUAAAAAAUUAUACUAUGAUAUAAAUAGCCAAUUAUAAAGCUAUUAACUGAAAACACUGAAGUUCUGGUUUUAAAGCCUCACAUCUUUUCUUCUCCAAUAAUUACUUUUCAAAAGCCCAAAAAUGGUUCUAGGACCAUUGGAUCAUUCUGUUCAAACAGAUAUUAUAUUUGUAAUAGAGAAAACAGCCAUGAACACUUAUAUUAGUGAACUGAAAACAAAUUAUGUGACUCCGACAUUAGAAUACUUUAACCAAGGACCUAUUGAAGAGCGAGAGUAUUUGUCUGAAAGUAGCAGUGCGAUUUAUGGUAUUGUAGUCUAUGAAGCAAAUGAUUGUAAACCAUAUCCAUGUUGUCGUACUUAUGGAACAUUCACUAGCCCACAAAAAGUCAUUAAAAUGAUUGAAAAAAUAGAUAUGAUUGGUGGUAUGGCAGAAUCGCAUGCUUAUAUGGGUGAAGGUUUAGCAACGGCCCUGGUUUUCUUUGAAGACUUGCAAGAGAUCCGUGAAGCUAAGCAAAGACACUGUAUUCUCAUAUGUAAUUCACCACCUUAUAAUUUUCCAAUUAUGGAAUGUGAAACAUAUGCUGGCCGUAGUGUUGAUCAGAUGGCUAAUCUCUUUCUAGAAAAAGGAAUUUUACUCUCAAUUUUAUCAGCUAGAAAAACUCCAGCAUUAUUAAAAUUAUUUGAAAAAGCUGGUGGUGAUCUACAAAUUUCUCAGAACAAAAACUAUGCAAAAGAUCCUAGGCACCUAGUUUUACUCAAUGGAUAUAGUCUAAAGGAACGUCCAAUGAGCCCAACGCCCGCUACAACUCAUUCUGGUCUAUCUAUGACUAGUCCAUUGUCUACAAAUGUUAACAUUGGAUCACCAGUUGCUUCAUGUGCUCCAUUCAGGACUACUAAUCCGGUUUUGGCUAUGCAGAAUCAAGUUCAACAACAACAACAUCAUCAACAACAACAACAGCAGCAACAGCAACAACACCAACAACAGCAAGCCGUUCAGGCAGCCCAACAAGCUGUAGCUGUAGCUCAACAACAACAACAACAACAACAACAACAAGUACAACAACAACAGCAAAUGAUUCGUAAUGUAAAUCAAGGUCAAAACCAGCAAUACUCAAAUGUAUCAAAUACUGGUGGUUUCUUGAGGCCUCCUCAAGCGCCUCGUAGUUGGCAAAUGAUGCAAACGCAACAGCGUCAACCAAAUCAAGCAAGCGCAUUAAUUGCACAGCUAACAACUCCUUCAUUCCAACAACGAUUAGAUAUGGCAUCACAACAACAAGUACAACAGCAGCAACAACAAGUUCAGCAGCAGCAACAACAACAAGUUCAACAGCAGCAACAACAAGUUCAACAGCAGCAGCAAGCUCAACAACAACAACAGCAGCAACAACAGCAAGCUCAGCAGCAGCAAGCACAACAGCAGCAGCAGGCACAACAGCAGCAGCAAGCUCAACAGCAGCAGCAAGCUCAACAGCAGCAGCAAGCUCAACAGCAGCAGCAGCAAGCUCAGCAGCAGCAAGCUCAACAGCAGCAACAAGCACAACAGCAGCACCAAGCACAGCAGCAACAGCAGCAUCAGCAGCAGCAACAGCAACAAGCUGCUCUACGAAUUAUGAACCAACAGCAGCAACAAGUUCAACAACAACAGCAGCAACAAAAUGGACCUGGCAGACAAACUAUUUGGACGGGGACAUUAGAAUGGAUAGAGAAAUCCAAGCCUUUAAAUGAAAUACCAAAGAUAACCAGAAACGUCCCUUGUAUUGUUUCAGCUAGUAUUAAAAAUGGAGAGCCAGAACUAAAAGCAGAAACAUGGCCUGAAAAAUUAAUCAUGCAAUUGAUGCCCAAGAAUUUAAUAGGAAGUAUUGGAGGUGCUCAUUUGAAAGACUCAAAAUCUGUGGUUUUCCAACCUACGCCGUGCGAAGCAUUGGAGUCUUUGACAAAGUACAUGACUAGUGGAUAUGCUGGCUGUGUGCAUUUUAACAGUGCUCCAACUUCUCACAAUUGUGAUGUUAAAGUAUUAAUUUUGCUUUAUACACACGAUAGAAAAGCAUUUAUUGGGUUUAUUCCUAAUGAUCAAGCAGCAUUUGUAGAUAGAUUACGUAAACUUAUACAACAUCAAAAAGCUUCCUCAGCCAUAUUACGUCAAGGACAGGGUGGAAUGGGAAUGCCUCAAGGCAAUAUGCCUGGGCAGUUGCAAUUACCACCUGGUCCAAAUAUGCCUGGUGGUCCAGGACCUAACCAGAUGCCUGGGCUUAUGCCUAACAAUGCAUUAACAGCCUCUUUACAAAGUCAACCUCAAUCAAAUUUGGCUGAAUUAAUGGGUUCCAACAAUUUUGCACCACAAGGUAAUCAGGUGGUCCCUAAUAGUCCAUCAGUUCAAAUGAUGCCUAGUCCUCAACCAACUGGACAACCGGUCAAUGUCAAUAAUCCAAACAUGCCCUUACAGAGUCCUGGAGGCGUUGGAAAUGUUGGUGUUCGUCCAUCACAAGGCCAAUACAGUGAACAAAUUGAGAUGGCUAGAAAGCAAAAUUUAGCCAAGAUACAUCAACUUCGUCAGACAUUAGAAGCAGCACAACAACAAGAAUUACAGUAUAAGUCACAAAUGGAGAUACAAAGUCAUCAAAUGAACAUACCACAAAUGCAGCAACGUUUGGAACAAGCCCAAAUGCAAGAAAACAUAUUGAAGUCUCAACUAGAAAUACGUAAUCAAAUGAAUGUGCCCCAAAUGCAACAAAAUCUGGAACAUGCUCAAAUGCAAGAGACCAUAUUAAAAGCACAAUUGGAACAUCAACAAGAAGAACAACACAAAUUGAGAACCCAACAAUUCCAUAUCCAUCAACAGCAACAGCAACAGCAGCAGCAACAACAGCAGCAACAACAGCAACAGCAAUCAAGGCAAAUGGUUCCUGGAAAUCAAUCACCACAGAUUAUGGGCAAUAGUGCACCUCAGCAAAGAAUGCAAAUGAGACCUGUAAUGUCCAGUAAUCCUGGUCUCAGACAUUUAUUACAACAACAACCUCAAUAUAGACCACAAAUGAUGGGCAUGCAGCAGGUUCCCGUCGCUCAAGGCAGACCCUUACAACCUCAACAACAGCAACAACAAUAUGAAGAAGUUCAUACAUUUGACUUUCUCAACUAAUUCAAUUUUAAAAUUAUUAUUUUUAAGUUUAUUUUGGUUAAAUCAUCUGUCAUCAUUUUUUAAUUAUUUAGUAAACGAUAAUAAAAAAUGUAUAAAUUACUUCAUUUUUUUUUUUACCAAAAGAUUUUUGAUUUUGGACAAACAAUUCUAGAACUCCUGUUUACAUAAAUUAUACUUAUUUUAUUAUUUGUAAAUAAUUUCAUCAAUUUUGUUAAGCAUCUAUAAUAAAAAAAACUUAUUUUUUCUUUUA